AUGAACCAGACUUUAGGACUCUUAAAAAAUAAAACUCAUGCUUUAAACUCUUUUAAAGAAAAUCUAAGGUUGAAAUCUAAUCAAAUAAAAGGUUCUAAGUAAUCUAACCCAUUAAAGCAAAACUCUUUAUUACUAAAUUCUUAAAACAACUCUGCAUUGUCUACAGAUGCUAAUAUUUCAAUCGAAAUGUAAUCUUCCACUUUUGGCCUUCCAGCUGGAUGGGCCCAGCACUAUUAUGGUACGAUAGAAUAUAUAAGACAAAUUAAGGAAAUAAUCAAAGAAUUAUAAAUUUUGGGUACUAAAAGAGUCAAGAUUUAAUUUGGCGAUACUAGUCAGUUAGAAAAAUCAAUUUAUGAAAAAAACUAAAUGGCUACAACAAAAAUCGUUGAAUGUGAAAAGAAAAUUUAAACAAUUUAAAUGUACACAAGCAACCUAGAAUCUCACAGUGAAAGAAGAAUAAGAGAAAAUAUCAGCAAGGCAUUGUCUUAGCAAAUAUCAGAAACAGCAUAUCUAUUGAGAAAUUAACAGAAAAGAAUGGUAAACUUGAUAAAAUCAGUUUCCGUAGACCAAAAUAAAAGUUUUUUAAAUUCAAAUGAUUAAAAGUAAAUAGAAUUUAAGCAGAACAGUAUUUUAACUUAGUAGGAAGAAGAAGUCUAUGAAUAAAUCCAAUAAGAAAAUGAUUAAGAAAUAAAUAAAUUGGUUAAGAUGAUUAAUGACUUAGCCUAAGUUUUUUAAUCUCUCAAUUAACUAGUUUUAGAACAAGGACAUCUUCUUGAUCGAAUUGAUGAAAAUAUCGAUUAAUCAUAUAAAAAUAUAAAAAAAGCAAACCAUGAACUUCAGGAAAGUGAAAGAAAUUAAAAUUCUCCUUUAGCAAAUAAAUGCAUUAUAACCCUUUUAGGGCUUAUUGUAGUUUGUAGUCUAAUUUUAGUAAUUAAAUAUUCAAGUUGA